AUGCUAAGAAACUACUUGAAGGGCCUUCUAGCCUACCCGUUCACGAGCAACGAAGAGGUAGAGCAGGCUCUCUCACCGUACCUCACACACAUAAACAUAGAGUUGGGAGAGAAGGAUGAGUCUCUGCCGCUGGAUACGCCGGUAUCGCUCCAUCCAAAACGGUACACCGUGGUAAAGAAGGAAGCAUUGAACGAUAAUUGUGCUGUAGAGGAGCAGAUGAGCGAUGAUAUGGUGGUGGUUGACGGUCCUUACACGGACAUAAAAGUAGAAAACAUUGAUUUGCAUGUUGAUGGACAUACUCUGCUUAAGGAUGGCGUGUUGUGUCUGAGACGCGGGGUUGUGUACGGACUGGUCGGCACUAACGGAGUGGGUAAGAGCACGCUGUUGAGGUGGCUGAAGAAUAGGGGGGUGACGAGCACGUACUUGGUACGACAGGAGAGCGGAUUUAUAGGUAAGCACGCGCGUAGCACGUUCAGCGCCGAUAAUCGUUGUGGUAAUCGCCUUGACAGCACGCAUGAUGAUGGCGUGCACGAUAUCACCGUGAAAGAGUACUUGAGCGAGUACGACGAGCGCGAAGUAACCAAAAUGCUGGUGCGCUUCGGUUUCAAGGACCACUCGCAACGUGUAAACGAGCUGAGCGGUGGCUGGCAAAAGAAACUAACACUGUUAAAGGCACUGCUAUCACCAACCAACCUGCUACUGCUGGACGAACCUACAAACAUGCUUGACCUGCCAUCCAUCCAUUUUCUUGAAAACGCACUGGCCAAGACCAACAAGACCGUGCUCGUGGUAUCGCACGACAUAGCGUUCCUCAACAGCACGUGCCAAUUCAUAAUUAGAAUGAAAGACGGUCUUAAGGUGUACAAGGGCAGCUACGAUGAGUAUGUGCGGUUGGCGGACAUUGAGAGGAGGAAUGCGGAGAGGGAGUAUGAGAAGGGGGAGGAUGCACGGAAAAGGAUACAGGUGUUUGUGGAUAGGUUCAGGUGUAAUGCUAAGCGUGCUGGGAUGGUGCAGAGUAGGAUUAAGAUGAUGGAACGGAUGGAUAGGGUGCAGCUUGAGGAGGUCGACAGGGACGUAUCUUUUGGGAUAGGUGGCGGUAUGAGAGGUGAGAUUGUGAGGAUCGAGGGAGUUGACGUGAGUUACAAUGAUGGAGGGGAUGCGUACGAUAAAAAUAGCAAUGCGUGCUGCAAGUCUGAAGAGGAGCAACGUGUCAUUCUAAAAAACCUGAACAUGAUAAUCAGGGGAGAUUCAAAAAUUCUUGUGGUAGGUCCGAACGGUGCAGGUAAAUCAACACUGCUUAAAACCAUCCUAUCAAACACCAACGUAUCUCGCAUACCAAACCUUAAAAUAUCCUAUUUUGCACAGCACCACCACCAAAACUUCUCGCCAACCGACCGCGUGCUGCCGUACCUCAUCACAAGCACUCGUCAGCCCGAGCAGCUCAUACGUUCCGUGCUAUCGUCCCUCAACCUCAAAAAAGAUUACCAGUUCAUAUCAUCGCUCUCCGGUGGUCAAAAAACCCGGUUAAUGCUGGCUAAGAUAAGCCUAGACAACCCUGAUCUGCUGCUGCUUGAUGAGCCCACGAAUCACCUCGAUAUUAGCAGCAUUGUUGCACUUAGGAAUGCUGUACGGGAGUACAAGGGUGCUGUUGUGUGUGUCAGUCAUGAUUUGUGGUUCGUGAAUGGUCUUUUUGCGGAUUUGUACGUUGUGGAUGGGUCUGUCAGGUACUUUAGGGGUACGGUUGAUGAGUACAAGAGGGGGUUGUGGAGCGUGGAGUAGUAGAGGUUAGAUGCGGGCAAAGGAGAGUGGUUAGGGUUAGAUGCGGGCAAAGGAGAGUGUUUAGGGUUAGAUGCAGGGAUAAUCAAGAGCGCAUCGUUGUGAUACGAAAGGAUGAACAGCUACGCAAAGAUGAUAAGUGCUAAAUUAAUAAAAAUGAGUAGAACAAUAAAUAAAUGGUG